AUGCCUAUGGUUAGAAGAUCUGCUGCAACAAAUCUUGGGAAAUUCGCUGCAACUGCUGAGUAUACUCGUUUGAAGGUUGAAAUCAUGUCAAUUUUUGACGAUCUUACUCAAGACAUUCAAGACUCUGUCAGAUUGUUAGCCGUGAAGGGAUGUGCUGAUUUGGUUUCUUGGUUCACCCCUUACCCACUUCCAAAGCUCUUCAUUACAAAUCAAACCAGUUCCCACAUGCCUUUUGGAACAUUUAUCAUGUGCUCUGAUGCAACCUCUUUUGAGAACCCGGAUUCUAUCUUGGAAAUUCCCCCACUACCACCAAAACCUCUGGAUGCUAAACCGCACGUCGAUUCACUUAAUUCAAUAAAGUUCAAAGCAGAAGUGAUUGAUAGAGUUACUGGAAGCAGAGAAAAUCAUAUUGCAAAUGUCAUGGAAAGUUGGACAGUAGUAGAUCUUUGA